GUGAAAUGGUGUGAUUUCAUGGGCGAUUCCACGAGGUCACUCCAGACGUGCGCUGCGUGCCACCGGCAAUGCUCCAAGCUUCUUCUUUGCGGCCAGUGCAAACUUGCUUACUUCUGCAACGCCGCGUGCCAGCGUCAUGUAUGGAAAGCACACAAACCUGUGUGUGUCGCUGUGGCAAAUCCCUGCGUUGACAUGCGCAAGACAGAACGAUGCGGCAACGGUUUGUUUGCCACAAAGGCAUUUCAUCGAGGAGAACUCAUCGUGAUGGAAAAGGCUCAGUUUGUCACGUUCAAGGAGCUUGCUCGACAAAACCGACUGAGUCAAUUCGGGUAUACGCUCACAGCAUCAAAUGCAUCGGAAACAGUUGCAGUGCAUGGACCGAUUCUGUCGAUUCUGAAUCACUCGUGCAUUCCCAACGCAUGGGUCAAGCGCGAAGCAGGACCAUAUCGCAAACUGUAUGCAAGGCGGGACAUUCAAGUUGGCGAAGAGAUCUGUACAUUCUACGACGGCGCGGACACUCCCGACGAAGAAUGCGCGACAAUCGAAAGCCGCAUUGCGAAACGGGCGUCGCUUCGAGACCGAUUUGGCCUCGAUUGUCUCUGUUUGCAUUGUCAGAUGGACGUCGCUUUGAUCGACGAAAGUGCCACCACAAUGAAUUGAGCAGUUCGAAACGGUGUACAAUAAGUCGUGUAUUCCCUACCAAGAUCAUUACUCCACCUUGAAUUCGGCAGAGCACAUGACAUCUUGUCAAAACACGAUGCAUUUCUCGUGUGCCCACGAAAUGUGACGGCUAUUUAGCAAAGUUAUAAACACAUUCGGAUGGUGUCGUACGAGUUGGAGCAGGAAGACAAAGCAGCAG